AUUUUAUCUGCAGACAGCAGCGGGUGAGGUCAUUUGGGGACAGAGGAAGAGACCAUGAAGCCGUUUGGAGCGACUGAAGCCAACCGAAGACCCAGAUACAGAAAAACAUGUUUGUGCUUUUCUGCAGGACUGUUCUCCGUCAUUUUGAAGAUGUUCAUCUUGUUGACUGCAUCUCAUCUACAGACGAAACACGUUGAAGCUGUCCAGGUUGGAGAUGUGGUUGUGAUGUUUGGAUCCUCCGCCAUCUUACCCUGCCAAAUAAUCACAAAUGAUCGUCUUUCCCAGAUCACAUGGCAGAGAACGAUCAAAGGAAAAGCUCCAGAUGAUGUUUUCUUGAUAAUUCAGCCCAUGAUUGGACUCAAGUAUAGAAAUGAAAAGGAUUUCAGAUUUGAAUUUAUUGGAAAUUUCAAUGAUAAAAAUGGAACCCUAAAGUUUUCUAAUCCGACACUGAAGGAUGAAGGAAGCUACACAUGCAUCUUCAGCUUGUUCCCUGGUGGAACACCAAGCAGAAAUUCACAACUUGUAAUACUUGUGCCCCCAAUCACAAAUCUGAUGGAUUAUACACCCUUAGAGGGAAAUGAGGAGGUUCCACUUGCAACCUGCACGGCUGCUGCUUCUAAGCCGAAGGCAGAGGUGAGAUGGAUCAAAGGUUCUUUGGAAGGAAAAGUUCGAGAAGAAAUUAAGGAAACUCAGCAUGCUAAUGGUACGACCACCACAUGGAGUACUCUGCUUGGAAAACCUGGGAGAGAGAUGAAUGGUCAAUCAGUGAAGUGUGUCAUCUCAAGUGAGGCAACAAACGAAGAAAUCUUAGAAACCAACAUCCAGGUCCACUACCCACCUGGGAAUGUCAACAUUGUUGAACGAUCCGAAGUCUCAUAUGAGUGUGAAACCAAUGCUAAUCCAAAAGCAACUGUUACCUGGACAAGGUAUCAUUUAACCAGAUACACAAAUCGCACCCGCCUGUGCGGCGUGGCUGUCACUGCCUCUUAG